CCAAUCUCUCCCGUGCCACCGUGGACGGCAGAUCACAUCACAUUCUACGCGGGUGCUCAUUCGCGUUCUCAAAGCUCUCGACCGGCCCAAUUCCCUCCCUGAACUCUCCAUCGACUGAACCCUAAACCCCAACCCUAAUCUUCCAAUGGCUUCGACCUCCAUCCGAUCUAUAAGCCGCAUCGCCCCAUCUUCCCUCAGGUCAUUUGCCGCCAAAUCGAAGACGGCCGCGCGAUACUUCGCCGGCGGACCCGCCGCCACCCCACCUCCUACUCGCCGGUUCUCGUCCUUCUCCAGGUUGCCGGUGGAGUUGGGAUGCUGCGGCGGAUCUCUUCUCCCGCUGCACAGCGCGGUGGCGGCGGCGAGGCUGACGUCCCGGCUGAGCUUGACGUCUAGGAAUUGCCGGGCGCUCUCACAGGAGAUUGGUCUAUCAGCUCCAAGGUGAUAGCUAAAGCUGAUAAGCAUGGAAACAUUUUUUACUUUUGGACAUGGAAGAAUUUUGUAGUGCCUCUCCAUUGCUGAUCGUGUAAGCAAAAUUUAUCUGUUCUAAUCUCUGAUAUAAUGUUUCUUUACAAACCUUUGAAGGCAUAGAAGCAUCAAACAUGGUGAAAUUUUUUAUCUUAAAUGAUCAAACAGUUGGGGAGUUCAUCUCAUAGGCAUGCGUACCAGCAGUGCCUUCA